AUGUCUGACAGGUCCGCAAGGCUGUCAAAGCAUUUCAGCCAGGUUGAGCAAGGGAAGAAGAAGGUAGACAAGACUGCUGAUGCUAAACUGUUUCUGGAGGCCGUGUGUGGUCAGACAGAUGCACUUCGCUGUGUCGAGAAACUGGCCUCAAGUUCGCACGCCAUCCAGGCGCUGCAGAACAGCCUGCGUUUUGACAUUUCUGAGCCCUUUCUCAACGGACCAGCGGCGGAUUUCCUGACCUACCUGAGGGCACCUGGCGUGGAGCAACUCGGCAAUGGACUACUUCUUCGGAAAAUCAUCUUGACCGUGGUUGACCCUCCUGCGUUUUGGAAUGCUCUUGUUGGAGCACACGGCCGAAAAGCCCUGACCGAAGGGUCCGAGGUCGCAUUUGCCUGGCUGCUGCUGCAGUUGGUGACCUCGCCUUCUUCCACCGACGAGAUCAACCGAGCAGCCAAAGCAGCGGUCGAGGAUCGCUCUAUUCUUGAUUCUCCCUUCCACGAGGUCCGAUCAUUCGGUUACAAGAUCCAGAACAUCCUCAACAUCAAAUCAACCGGCAUUCCCCGCCUUGACGACUACAACCCCGGCGGGAGACACGACAACGACUUUGAGGAUUUCCGCAAGAUCGCCAUCCUUCCCACCCCGGAUGAAAUCUCAUCGACGGAGACACCCUUCUACCGAAAAGCAGAUGAGGUGUACGAGACAGAACCACACCUCCGGCCCGCGACGCAUUACGACAACCAAUUUCGUCUCCUGAGGGAGGAUUUCUUAGCAGAGUUGCGGAAUGAUUUGCAAAUAUCCCAGGGCAAGAGAAAGGGAAGAAGAUCGGCAGUUGAAAUCCAUGGACUUCGUUUCAAAGGCCUAGACUGCGGGACUGAGAUACGACGCAAGCCUUGUUCAUUGACCUUCCUCUGCCAAAAAGGCCUGCCGCCCAUAUCAGCAAUGUCGGAGUCGAACAGACGUUUGUUCAUCAAGGAAAACAAGAUUUUCUUGAAGCACCAGUCUUUCGGGUGCUUGAUGCAGGGCCGAGAGAUUGUCGCUUUUGCUUCCCUCGACCGAAAUGAAGACUUGCUUUUGAAGGAGAUUCCUGUUCUUGUCCUCCAGGUCGCCGAAGCGGAUGCCGUGACAAGGGUGCUCGCCCGAGCUGUGCAGGGACAUCAGCCUUUCCAUUUCAUUGUGGUGGACACCGCCGUGUUUGCCUAUGAACCCGUUCUUCGCAGACUGCAGGAAAAAACCGAGUUCCCUCUUUCCAACGCUCUGUUGUCUCCAACACCCUCCGUCCAGACCCUGGAUGUGAGCUACACGUUAUCCCACUUGGUCCAGCAGAUUAGGGAGACAAAAGGUCACGACAUCCACCGUGUUUUGGGGAUAUCGAAGCCAAUCUCCCUAGACCCAUCGCAGUUGGAGUCGCUACUGGCGAGCUUGGGAUCUGCAUUAAGCCUCAUUCAAGGGCCACCAGGUACGGGAAAAUCCUUCAUGGGGGCUAUUCUGGCCAAAAUCUUACACGACUAUACAACUCAGACCAUUCUGGUAAUAUGCUACACCAACCAUGCACUGGACCAGUUCCUCGAGGACCUUAUGGACAUUGGCAUCCCGGACAAAUCCAUGGUUAGACUGGGAGCAAAGUCUUCGGAUAGAACCAAAAAGCUCGGUCUGACCGAACAGAGCUCCAGUGGGAGUAGAACUAAUACACGACGUCCUUGGGCAUUUAUCUACGAGCAAAAGGAUCGGUUGAGAGAGUUGGAGCGGAAUUUGAGAGAAAAGCUAACACGCUUCCAGCGCCACAUUACCAGAGCUGAGCUGAUGGAGCAUCUUGAGUUCUCGGCCGAGGACUUCUAUGAGGCCUUUCUUGUGCCAGAGCAAGAGGACGGUAUGCAGCGCGUGGGCAAGGGCGGCAAGCAGGUCCAUCGAUACUACUUGCUGGAUUGCUGGAUGAAUGGGCACGACGCCGGGGUCUUUCGGAAAUUGGUCAAGAAGGAACAUGAUGGUAUCUGGAAAAUGUCUAACCAAAGUCGGCGAGAAUCAGUUGACAACUGGAGGAAAGAUAUUCUCAGGGACGACCUAGAAGAGAUUGCACGACUGUUCAAGGACUUCAACCGCACUCAACACGACAUUGAGGAUUACUUCCACCAAACCAAGGACGCGGAUAUCUUCCAGCAAAAGCGUGUGAUUGCGUGCACCACCACCGCCGCCGCGAAAUAUGCCGGGGCAUUGGAGGCAGCGAAUGCUGGGGUCAUCUUGGUUGAAGAAGCGGGAGAAAUCCUCGAAAGCCAUAUUCUGACUUCGAUGACGCGGAAUACGAAGCAACUCGUCUUGAUCGGCGAUCACAAGCAGCUUCGGCCCAAAGUCAACAACUACAGUUUGACGGUCGAGAAGGGCGACGGGUUCGACCUCAACCGGUCCAUGUUUGAACGACUGGUGCUCCGGGGAUACCCACACACCACUCUUCUCAAACAGCACCGCAUGCGUCCUGGAAUUUCCCAACUGAUUCGCCACCUGACCUAUCCAGACCUCCAGGAUGCCGAGAAGACGCAGAACCGGCCAGCACUUCGAGGGUUGCAGAACACGGUCGUUUUUGUCAAUCACGAGCAACCGGAGCUUGACCUGAAUGGUGUCUCGGAGCGGCGCGACCCAACGGCGAAAGCGAGCAAAGAGAACCCGUUUGAGGUGGAGAUGGUCCUCAAGUGCGUCCGGUACCUGGGCCAGCAAGGCUACGGAACGGAAAGAAUUGUGGUCCUGGUGCCGUACCUGGGACAACUAUUUCUGCUCCGGAAUGAGUUGAGCAAGAACAAUGACCCGGUGUUGAACGACUUGGAUUCGCACGACCUUGUGCGUGCUGGCCUCCUCGCCCCGGCCGGCGCUCAAAUGAAGAAACGACCCAUCUUGAUUUCUACGAUCGAUAAUUACCAAGGAGAGGAGAGGGACAUUGUGAUUGCCUCACUUACCCGCAGCAACGGCGAAGGAGAUGUGGGAUUCAUGGCUGCUCCCGAACGUCUGAACGUGCUCCUCUCUCGAGCACGAAAUGGACUGAUUGUCAUUGGCAAUUUCAACACCUUCCGCAAGAGCCGCAAAGCAAAGACGGCCUGGGAACCUUUGUUAACUCUCCUGACCGAGCGUGGACAGGUCUACGACGGAUUCCCUGUCAAGUGUGAGAGACAUCCGAGCCGAACAGCCAUCAUCCGAAACCCUCAGGAAUUUGAGAUUGAGUGUCCGGAUGGAGGCUGUGCUGAUCCAUGCACGAGUUUGCUGCGGUGUGGUGUUCAUACCUGCCCCCAGCGGUGUCAUCAACUCUCCGAUCAUUCCAAGAUGGACUGUAACACCAUUAUCGAAAGCACGUGUCCACAGAAACAUCGAUACCGCUGGAGAUGCCACAAGGGCGCACCGGCCUCCUGCCCCACGUGUGAGCGUGAGAAGCAGAUCGAAGAUGAAAAGCGACGAAGAGAUUUUGAGUUAGAGCGCAAGCGAGAGGCACGCCAACGAGAACACGCCAAACAACUGGCUGAAGUUCAACAACGCAUCGAGGAGCAGAAACAGAUAAUGAAGGACGUCGCCGAAGAGAAAGAACGGCAGAAUGCCCUGGCACAAAAGAUACAAGAUCUUAACGAUCUCAUGGAAAAGGCGGAGCUCAUCGGACAACCUCAGCCUCAGCUUCCAGUCCGGACAUCGGCAUCCAAACCUCCAAACUUGUCGGCCGGAGUGCCCACACCACCAGAGGCACAGGCACAGGCACAAGAUCCAAAGCCAACGAAGCCCCCCAAAGCCUCGCAAAUGAGGUCCAGUCCUUCUGCUGCCCGCGACGAGUGGGAGCGGCAGAAGACGAUGGAAGGCCAAUCCAACAAAAGUCUGGAUGCUCUCAUGCGGAUGAUUGGGCUUGAAGAGGUCAAAGACAAGUUUCUGUCCAUCAAAGCCAAAGUCGACACGGUGGUUCGGCAAAACACCAGCUUGAAGGAUGAACGGUUUGGCGCGGCUCUGCUAGGAAACCCAGGCACAGGGAAAACCACCGUCGCCCGCCUGUACGCCAAAUUUCUCGGGGCGGUCGGCGUCAUCCCCGGCGACUUCUUUGUCGAAACAUCCGGGUCACGCUUGGCCAGUGAUGGGAUCCCAGGCUGCAAAAAGCACCUGGAAGCGAUAUGCAACAACGGGGGUGGCGCUCUCUUCAUCGACGAAGCGUAUCAGCUUGUCUCGGGGCAGAAUUAUGGCGGGAGCCAAGUGCUGGAUUUCCUGCUCGCCGAAGUGGAAAAUCUAACGGGAAAGGUCGUCUUCAUUCUUGCCGGCUAUAGCAAGAACAUGGAGGCCUUCUUUGCCCACAACCCAGGCAUUCCGAGCCGGUUCCCCAUUGAAUUCCAGUUCCGCGACUACGAGGAUGCCGAGUUACAAAGCAUUCUCCGCGAUCGCAUAGACCGCAAAUACAGCGGGGGGAUGACGAUUGAAGGCGACCCUGGCGGCCUAUACAUGCGAAUCGUUUCUCGCCGGAUCGGACGGGGCCGGGGCCGGGAUGGGUUUGGGAACGCUCGGGCGGUUCAUAACGAGUUUUCGCGCAUAGCCGAUCGUCAAGCGAAGCGACUCCAACACGAACGCCGGGCAGGGGCAAGACCGGACGACAUGCUAUUAACCAAAGAGGACCUCCUCGGCCCGGAGCCCGGCGCGGUGUUGAAAGGCAACGCAGCGUGGGGCAAGUUGCAAAAGUUGACCGGCCUGGAAAGCGUCAAGCAGGCGGUUCGUUCACUGCUCGAUACCAUACAGUUCAAUUAUGGGCGCGAACUGGAGGAAAAGCCACUGGUUGAGUAUUCUCUCAACAAAGUGUUUGUGGGAAACCCGGGGACGGGAAAGACAACGGUAGCCAAACUAUAUGGCCAAAUUCUGGCGGACAUGGGAUUCUUGUCGAGCGGAGAAGUUGUGGUCAAGAACCCUUCCGACUUUGUGGGAAAUGUUCUCGGCGCGUCCGAAAGCACGACACGAGGAAUUCUGGCGUCCACCGUCGGCAAAGUGCUAGUCAUUGAUGAGGCAUACAUGCUCUCCGGCGGUUCUUCGUCUGCGUCUGCCGGGGGAGCAUCGGGUGCAGGUACGGAUCCCUACAAGGCCGCGGUGGUCGACACGAUUGUGGCCGAAGUGCAAAGUGUCCCGGGAGACGACCGGUGCGUGCUGUUACUCGGGUAUAAGGAUCUGAUGGAGACCAUGUUCCAAAAUGUCAAUCCGGCGCUUGCCCGCCGGUUUCCCAUGGAUUCAGCCUUCUACUUCGAGGACUACACCGACGAUGAUCUACAGACCAUCCUGGACCUGAAGUUGGGCCAGAUUGGCUUUGGCGUGACCCCGGAAGCGAAGAAGGUGGUUCGAGCCCGGCUGGGCCUGGCCCGGGAUAGGCCGCAUUUCGGCAAUGCCGGCGAAGUUGAUAUCCUUCUUGAUCGGGCCAAGAUGGAGCAUCAGAAACGUUUGUCUUCGAGGCAAACAAAGAGCAUUGAUGUCCUGGAAGCUCUCGACUUCGACCCUGACUUCAGGAGAGCAGAGCAGGGGCCAACCAACUGCCGAAAACUCUUCGACGGGGUGGUCGGUUGCGAAGAUUUGAUUCAGCAGCUCGAGGGCUACCAGAGGACGGUGGCCAACAUGAAAAAGCUGGACAUGGAUCCCCGGGAGCAGAUUCCCUUUAGUUUUCUGUUCCGGGGUCCUCCAGGCACCGGCAAGACCUCCACCGCCCGACGAAUGGGCAAGAUCUUCUAUGAUAUGGGCUUCCUAGCCACCGCCGAGGUGGUCGAGUGUUCGGCCACAGAUCUUGUCGGGCAGUAUGUGGGUCAAACCGGGCCCAAGACGCAGAAACUGUUGGAAAAGGCAUUGGGCAAGGUUCUCCUCAUCGACGAGGCAUAUCGGCUUGCAGAAGGCCACUUUGCCCAGGAGGCCAUGGACGAGCUGGUGGACUGCCUGACCAAGCCGAAGUUUGCGCAAAAGCUGAUUGUCAUCCUGGCUGGAUAUGACAACGACAUUGAUCGUCUGAUGUCGGCCAACCCCGGGCUCACCAGCCGCUUUCCGGAAACCAUCACGUUCCAGCACCUUUCACCGAAGCAAUGCCUCGAGUUGUUUCAACAAUGUUUGAGGAAAGGGGACAAGCUUGACAGCGCAGCAGUACUCGCGCGCUCUGAGACCUUCAAGGAGACGCUUCUCCAGCUGUUCAAGACUCUCGCUCAGCUCCCGGCCUGGGGAAAUGCCCGGGACGUCAAGACCCUGGCCAAGUCCGUUACGAACAAAGUCCUCUCCAGCACCACAGCCGCAGCUGCUGCAGAUGGCCAAUUCAGGUUCGAAAUCACGGAGGACACGGUCUUGUUGGUGUUCCGCCAGAUGGUCUCGGAGCGUGAACGCCGCCAGCAGUCGAUACCUUCGUCGCGGCAUCCCACCCUCCCUAUGCAGCCUAGCCAGCAGAGUCCACAUCAGGCCGCGCCGAUGCCCCCUGCGUUCAAUCUCGACGUCAAUACGGCCGCCACUGCCCAUCAGAAGCUGUCGGUUGCUCCUCUGUCUGCAAAGGUCGGCCCGUCGGUAAACCCCGACCAUCAAACUCCAGGGUGCGAGCGUGAUCCUGGUGUCUCGGAUGAGAUUUGGGCUCAACUACAAUGCGACCAACACGCCGCCGACGAGCGCGAGCAUCAGCACCGCGAGCUCUUGGACCAGGAGCAAAAGGCCCAAGAGCAGCUACAAACAAAGGCCGCGGCGGAACAGGAGGCGCGAAGACGGGAGGAAGAAGAAUCCAUCGCCGAGGCGCGUCGCCUGUUGGAGCAGGAGCGGCUACGGCGCGAACUCGAAUGGCGUGAGCAGGUGGCGAUCGCGGCUCGGCUCGAGCAGGCGAGGAAGGCGAGGGAACAGGAACGACGGAAAGAAGAGGCGGCCCAGGCCAAGUUGCGGCAGAUGGGGGUGUGUGUGGCCGGGUUUCGCUGGAUCAAGCAGGCCACGGGGUACCGAUGUGCCGGGGGCUCGCAUUAUAUUUCCAAUGAGCAGCUAGGUAUGUAG